AGACCCACCAUCACGGAGGUGGAUCGAGCUAUCCUUAGCCUCAAAACGCAACGCAAGAAGCUGGAGGACCAGGAGAAGCUGCUAAAUGUACGGCUUGUACGGCAUGCGGAAGUUGCCAGUCAGUUGGCACGUGAGGGGCGGCGAGAUCGGGCCCUGCUGGUUCUUCGGAAAAAGAAACUCAAUGAAAAGCAGCUGAGUCAGCUGCACGGAUUGAUCCUUAAUGUGGAGGAAAUGUUGUCCAACAUCGAGACGUCCAAGAAGCAGAGUGUCGUGUUUGCGGCGCUGCAGUCGGGCACCGAGGCGCUGAAGCAGCUGCAAGCGCAGGUGAAACUUGAGGACGUCCAGCGGCUGUUAGAGGACACGGCGGAGGCCCGCCAGUACCAGGAGGAGCUGCAGACGCUGUUGGGACAGCAGCUGACG